AUGGAUUUAAUUGGUGAUAUUGUUGAACAUGAUAUUGAAGCACCUACACCUCCAACUUUUGAGCCUUUAAAGAAACAAACUACUGGGUUUCCAGCCCCAAGAAGAGGAAUCAAAGGUAGUGCUUGGAAGAGGAGACAUGGUAUUAAAACUCAAUCAGAACCUGAGUCCCAAGCUUCAACACCAGCUCCAACAUCAAAAGAUGGAUAUGAGCUUGAUUCUAAAACAGGGUUAAAACGUUUACCAAAGAAUGAACAAAAAUUAAACUACGAUAAUCUUUCAGAAGCCGAAAAAAUUCAUAUGGAGAAUAUUGAAAUUUUAAGUAAAAUGUCAGAAGAUCAAAGAGCUCAAGAAAAACAAGAACUAUUAGAUUCUAUGGAUCCUGGUGUUUUGAAAGCAUUACUACUCAGAAGUGAAAAGAAACUCAAUAAAAAGAGUGAAGCCGAGUUCGAAGGUUAUGGUGAUUGGAUUGGUGGUGAUAGAAAUGGUGAAGCUUGGAAAGAACCAACAUUAGAUAAAACAGCAGUUGAUAAAGCAUUGGGUAUAAAAUCUUCUAAUGAAUUAGAAAACGACUUGUCAAAGGAAAAGGUCUCAAGUAAUGAUAAGAAAAAGGUUAGAUUUGAUGAAGAGGAUAGAACUGUGCACAAUGAACAACCUGUAUCAAAAGUUGAUGAAAUGAAACAUGUGGGAACUUUGGAUGCGGAUGAUAUUGCACCCCCAUCAUACCAAAUUAAUAAUGAAGCUGACAGUAUUCCCUUAGAAGAAGCCAUCGCUAAUGUUCAUUUUCCUAAGGCUCCUGUUGAUGAUGAAGAAACUUAUAAAUUGGAUAUAAAUGAUCCAGAUUUUCAAAAUAAAUUACAUGAAAAAUAUUUCCCAGAUUUACCAAAAGAUACAGAUAAACUAAAAUGGAUGGAGCCUUUACCUGAUUUAAAACCAGGUGAGCAUGUUUUCGAUAACGUUUCAGAUUUAAGAUUUGAUUUCAAAGGUGAUUUGAUUGUUCCAUCUGGUGCUAAUGAUAUCGCAAUUACUGAAGGUCUUCAUCAUCAUUCUGAAAACCCAGCAUUGGCUGGUUAUAACUUAACCGAGCUUGCACAUUUGAGUAGAUCUACUGUUUCAAGUCAAAGAUGUAUUGCUAUACGAACAUUAGGUAGAAUUUUACAUAAAUUGGGGAAGGGUAAGUUCAAUAUUGUACCCGAAUUUGAAACAGAUGAAGAUGGAGAAGAAAUACCAGUUAAUGAUGAAACAUUAAAAUCAGCAGCUGAUGAAUUUGAUCAAAUGUUUUGGGGUUUAAUUGAUGAACUAAGAAUCAUUGAAACUUUAGAGGAAAGUGCAAGUGAGAAAUUUACAAAUAAUUUGAGUGUUAGAAAUUACGCAAUUGAAGCAUUAUGGCUCUGGAGACAAGGUGGUGGUAACAAAAGACACGCCAAAUAG